AUGUUUGAUGUGUGGAAUUUUGAGGCUACUGAGGUGGUGUAUGCGUCUAAGCCAAGAGUGGGGGCCUGCGCCACUUUUCGAUUCACCUGGGCGCAGGGCCUCGGUGGUGGGUUUGAUGCCCCCCAUGCCGCCAGUGUGUCCAUCAGCACAGAGGGCAGCGGCGUGGGGAAACCUUCAGAGCCCCCUGUGGCCAGCACUCGCACCAAGCCUGUGCUGGGUACUGAAGUGGUAUCGGCUGCUCAGAGUGGCUGCGUUCGGCUGAGCUUUGAGUUCCAGGUGGCAGAACAGACCAGUGUGGUGUGGGAGACUGUGGUGGUGGGCCGGCGACUGUAUCUGUGGCUGGUGCACCUUCCCGAGGGCAGCAAGGAGGCCUUCGUGUCCCUGCUGGAGUAUGCUGAGGAGGUGCUCGGCUGCUCCCACGUCCUGGUCUGCUUCAGGAAGGACCGCAGUGACAGGGCUAUGUUACUGCGCACCUUCAUGUUCCUGGGUUUCGAGGCUCUUCCACCGGGCCACCCUCUCGCCCCGGCAUCUGGCGACCACCUCUACAUGGUGUACCAGAUCGACUGAACAUCUUCGGGUUCAUGGUUACGUUGGCUGAUCCUGUCGCUGUGUCACACUCGCCCCCCUUCCGCUGCUGCUGCUGCUGCUGCCGUGUUGAUAAAGUGUUGAUAGGUGGUUAAGUGGUGGUGUUUACUCUUGAUCUUGGUCUUGUCUUGUGUUGCUUCAAAGUGUUUUAAUAUUAUUUCGUCUAUUUUUCGUAAUCUGAGAAUUUUGUUCACGUAAUAAUUGUCUUGAUUUUUUUUUUUUUUUUUUUUUAUUUAAUUUCUUUCUCGUGAUUUAUUAAUUUCAGUCGUAUUGUAUUGCUGUUUUAUUUAUUUUUGUGUGCAAAUUGUACAUGAUAUCUUUCUAUUUGCUCAAGUAUUUUUUUGUUUUCAAGGUAAACGUAAAAGUAAUUGUUUCUUUAAUGCGUUUAUUUAUUUUUUUCAUAUUCCAGGCUCUUUUAUCAUUAUUUUACUACUUUUUCCUCGUUUUGCUCACUUUUCAAUGGAGAAUAACAAAAGCAAGUGUUUAUUUACUUUUUGUAUUUGUUCCAAGGGUAAAAAGUGUUAAGUGAGGAGUGGUAGUACUCUUAAGUGUUUUUAAAAGUAGUUCGGGUCUGAUCUUCCAAAGGUGAAAAGUGUAAAAAUAACAAAAAAAAAGUCUUGAUUCUCAGCUUGAAAUGUUGCAUCAGUAUUUAGUUUCCCCACACGAGGCACCAACAAGUCGGGUGUUUCUAAGAGUAAUGUUUCUAAAGGUAGGCGAGGGAGUACUUUUUGUGUGUACUUAACCUUUUUCGUAAGACUAAGAGGUACCUUUUGUAUUUUAAGAGUAAUGCUUUGGAGAGAACUGUAUAUUUUUUUGAGCGCAUCCAACUCUUUUGUGGUAAAUUCUAAGCAAGCUGCUCCAGAUGUUUUUUGUAAAUUUUUAAGCGAUGGAACUGUCUUUUCCGGUAAAUUUAAGUACGUAACUGGACGUUUUAAGUAUGUUGUGGGUGAAUAUUAUUAAGUGACAACCAAAACGUGUAAAUUUUAAGUAAUCGGGUUUAAGCAUUUGGCGAACAAUUAAUUAAAACAAAACAUUUCUAGGUGAAUACUUUAAGUCAUAUAGUAGACUCAUUAAGUAAAAAAAGAACCACACUUUACACUAGAAACUUAAGGGAAAACCAAGCUUUGUGUAGUAAAUUUAAGUGACACUGGAAAACUAAGCAUCUUUUAAGUACAGUAAGUUUAGGUAACAUAACCCACACCAGUUGUUUUGUGGUAAAGAUUUGUGACUUGCAGUGGUGACAGUGAGCAGCGUAGGGGUGUGGCUGUGGCGCGGCGAGAGAGUGACAGAGUUCCCCACGUGGUAGAUGUGGUGUAGAGGGCAAGGGUGGCACUGUUCUGAUGUGUGGCGAGGCAGGGUUGACAGCGGCACUCUUCCUCUUAAUUUUGUAAAACGAAAACAAAACACAGACUUGCACUUGUCAAUAAAUGUAAUGCAAGUG